AAAAAAAAAAGUACGCAGUUUGAGUUCCAGAAUUUCAAUUUCAAAGUUGUCUCAAAUAGGAUAGGAGUCUUAAAAAAAGAAAAAGGGACGACACUAAUAAUCUCAACAGCACCCAGUUCCAAUCACAACGAACACCUCUUCACAUCAACACACAAAACCAAUGCCUUCUUCCUCCUCCGAUCCCACCGCCAUGCCACAAUAACCAUCCACCACCCCUCGCCACCGCCGAUCGCCAUGCGCGCCGAUGCCAAGCCCCGCCGCGCCUUCCUCCUCCUCCUCUUGAUCCUCCCCUUCUUCCUCUUCCUCCUCUACUCCUACUCCUCCUCCCCCACCCCAUCCGCCGCCGCCGCGCUCCUCCUCCCAACCGUCCCGCUCUCCCCAUACAUCCGGAUGCGGCGGGGAGCCUCCGCCUACCGCACCUACGACGACUACCUCAAGCACCAGCUCGCCAAGACGCUCUCCCCGCGCCUCCGCCGCAUCUGGUCCACCCGCGACUGGCACCGCAAGGUCGCCGCCUUCGCCGCCGUCUUCUCCCGCCUCCAAUCCGCCAACCUCCUCUCCAACACCUCCCGCGCGCUCUGCGUCGGCGCGCGCCUGGGCCAGGAGGUCGCCGCGCUCCGGCUCGUCGGCGUGGCGGACUCCGUCGGGAUCGACCUCGCGCCGGCCCCGCCGCUCGUCCUCCAAGGCGACUUCCACCGCCAGCCCUUCCCCGACGCCCGCUUCGACUUCGAGUUCUCCAACGUGUUCGACCACGCGCUCUACCCGGCCCGGUUCGCCGCCGAGAUCGAGCGCACGCUCCGGCCCGGCGGCGUCGCGGUGCUUCACGUCGCCGUGCAUCGGAGAGGGGAUCGGUACUCGGCGAACGAUCUCAUGGAUGUCAAGGGGCUGAUUGGGCUGUUUGGGGGUUGCGAGGUUGUUGAGGUCUCCAAGGUCGACGCUUUCGGGCUUGACACCGAAGUCAUCCUCCGCAAGAAGAUGAAGAUGACCAUGGAGAACAAGAUCAGCUCCCCGGCGUUGCCCUAGCCGGCCAUGCAUCAGGAUCGAUCGAUGGAUCCCAAUCUUCUUGUUCUUCACCGGCCCGCAAAUUGGUAUCACAGGAUCCAGUGAAGAAUUAAUUGGUUUGUACUUAGGUACGUACGUAGAUCGUCGUGUUGUUUCUGGGUGGAUUAAUUUGAUGGAAUCAUUGUAGGUAGGUAGUUGAUCGGUUCUUUUGGUGGGCAUUUGUUGCAUAUCAUCCAUGAUCCAUAUCUAUCCAUUCUUCUUCUUGCAUGUACUACGGAAAUUAAUUAUAAUUUAUUACUACUAGUAUAUAUGUACGUGCUGAGAGAUCAAAGUGUGCAUUACAUGAGAGUUUUUCAUAUGAAAAGAUGUGUGCAAAUUAGGAAGAA